UUCUGGGUUCUGGGGGUUCGAGUGACCCCAGUGGCAGAUGCAACGGGGUUGUCUGCCCGUUAACCAACUCGGUAACUGCCCCAUAGCAGUCCCACUGUCAAAGGGACCAGUCGACCGAGUGAAUGUUAUUUUCUGCGUUACAAAAUUGCUAUUCACUGAAAUUUAAAAAUCCACUCCCAAAUCGCUCAUUGAUUAUUAUCAAAAUUUCUCGAAUAUCUCAUCGCUCGACUCCAAGUGUUCAUUUGGGCACUCGUAAAACAAUUUUUUUGAUCAUGCGAUCGAUUUUGGCAAACGUUCUAAAAUACCGCAGAAUUAUUUCCAUCCCUCUCAUUCGUUUCUAUUUUCCGUCCACGUCUGAAUUUUUAACCUACCAUAUUGCUAAGCUACACCGUAACAAUCAGAGAUGAUUAAGAAGUUGAUAAGAAUGAGAGGCGGCAUUGGGGAGAGGUAAACCAACUCAUUACCGCGUUGCCUUUGAAAACAAUACGAAAAUUUCAAAACGAAUAGUCAAUCAAUCGCGGUGCCUUGGCAUAAACCAAAUGCAAUUGACUCAAUUAACGAUUUAUCAAUCAUUCAAUUCGUAAUUAUUCGUCAAGUCAAUUAACGUAUUAGUUGAACGCAACGAAGUUAUUCCAAAUGAUCUUUUACGUCAAAGAAAUUUCAGUGAAGUAAACGAUUCAAUGAAAUUCUUUGAAUGGAUAAUUAACUAGGUAAAUUAACGAAUUAAUAAAAUUCCCAGCAACAAAACAAAUGAAAGAAAACUAUAAAAUCUUAGCCCCAUGUCCCCCACCUAAGAUGAUUUCCCCACAAACUCAGGACCAGAUCUACCUCCGUCUUCGCCGAAAUUAUUUAACAAUCUACCUGCUGGCUGCUCUGGUGGACUGGUUACAGGGGCCCUAUCUGUACACGAUCUACUCCUCGAGCUACACAAAACGCGAGAUCUGUUCUUUCUACAUAACUGGUUUCACCAGUAGUGGAUUUUUCGGUGUAUUCGUCGGUCACUUGGCCGACAGCUUCGGCAGAAAGAAAAUAUGUCUACUCUACUUCCUGUCGACGAUCCUCACAUGCUCCUGCACAAUCUCCAAAGACUGGUGGAUCCUGGUGCUGGGAAGGAUCUUCGGUGGUGUCUCCACAUCGAUCCUCUGCUCGACCUUCGAGUCCUGGUACGUGGGACAACACCUCUCGCGGUAUCACCUGGAGAAAGACCUGAUAAUCACGACCUUCGCCAAAUCAACGUUCCUCAACGGCUUGACAGCCAUCUUCAGUGGUUUUAUCGCUUCUCUGGUGGUCGACACCUUGGAAUACGGUCCAGCAACUCCAUUCAUCCUCUCCAUUCCCAUAUCCCUGAUCUCCGCCUGUCUCUGCAUCAUCCUCUGGACGGAGAACCUCAAGAUCCCCCCAGAAUCCACGUCCCAGGAUUUCUUCAAAGCCCUCAAGAUCAUCCUCUCCAGGGAUAACAGAGCUCUCAUCUAUCUGGGGCUCGUCCAGAUAAUCUUCGAGACAGUGAUGUACGUCUUCGUGUUCCUGUGGACUCCUGUGCUUGCGCCCAUCAACCCCAGCUUCGGCUUUGUCUUCGGGCUCUUCAUGGUUUCCAUAGGGAUUGGGAGUUUUCUCCAUUCCUUCCUCGGCGAAUAUUUUCGUGUUCCUGUGGAGAAUCUCCUCUGUUGGAGCGUUCUCCUCGGGUUAGCGAGCAUUCUGACUUGCACCCUGGGAGUACACCUUCAGGAGAAGGAAGGGGGCCUGUUUUUUGGGUCCUACCUCUGUUUAGGGGGUUUUUUGCUUUUCGAAAUUGCGGUGGGGGUGUAUUUUCCUGCCAUUGGGUACCUCAGGGGGAUCGUCGCACCUGAGGGCUUCAGGGCUAGUAUCGUUAACUGGCUCAGGCUUCCUUGCAAUUUUCUUGUUGUUAUAGUCUUGUUUUAUAUUAGGAUCGGAGACACUGAUAAUCAGCUAUUGUUUGCUAUCAGUGCUCUCGGUCUUAGUUUCACUGCCUUUUAUUCUUUUAAAUUUGUUAGACUGCAUUCGGACAAGAUUGACAGUCAGUUCAGCUCUUUAGCUAAAUAAAUAUUUAUUAUAGGACUAUGAAUAUUCGAAAUCUCGAAUAAUGUACAAGGAAUUGAAUUUUUAUAUUCAAUUAUUCUUUCAAUGAGGGACUAUUCCUCCUUCACGGACACAUUUUGAGAUACAAAAGACUAAUUUUCGGGUUCAUACCCAAUGGACUGUUGAAUGGCCUUACUAGAUUAGACAAAAGAAUCUGGAGUACUCCAACUUUAAAUACUCUGGGUCUUGAAUUGUUACCUGCACCUUACGAAUUUCAUUUCGCAUGAAGAGAAUUAUGAACAAAUAAAUUCAUAUACAGAUUUAUUGCAGCGAGAAUUGAAAUGUGAUUAUCGAUGAGAGUAUUCGCACUGUUGAAUAAUUAUCGCACAGACUGCGUUAUUUUUGUGAACUUUACGCACAAUAAAUAAUUAUGUGAUUGAAAUUAA